UUACAGGAGCAAACUUUUUCCUGUUAGCGCAAAGGUAGCUGGCCAGGUGGGUCUUUCUCUCAACACCUCGCCUCGCCAAUCCUUCUCUAAAAUAAAGCAAAGACUCCGGAGGAAGCGGGAUCGGCCUUUCCCCGGACACCUGGAGGCUCGGGACUUAGCCUGGAGAAGGAUCCGAUUUGUAUGAAGGAAAGGGGGGUCAGGUGGAGGUAGGAGGGAACCCGGCUUCUGCUGCAUCCCCGCCGAGCGCUCGCAGCCAUGCCCAGGGCAUUCCUGGUGAAAAGGAAGGAGCCUUAUCCCGAGAUCCGCGACUGGAACGAGCUGCCCGACGAGGAGCGCGCCGACACCUACAUACCAGUCAUUUUGAAUAGUUUCCCGAGUUACCAAGAAGGGAAAACCGAAAAUACCGCACCCGGAACAAUCGGUUUGGACGAACUGUUAAACGAUUCAAACGAGCGCCGCCUCCUUUGCAAGACCGAACCGGGCCAGGAGAAUGCUGAGGAGCAAGUUCUGGAGUCGGAAUUCAAAAAGCGCAGUGUCUUGCGAACGAAAAUCAAGAUCACAACUGGCGAGUGCAGCGAGGCCACCUUCUGCUGCCAGGUGUGCAGCAAGGGCUUCCGGUUACAGCGCAUGCUCAACCGGCACCUCAAGUGUCACAACCAGGUGAAGCGCCACCUAUGCACGUACUGCGGCAAAGGCUUCAACGACACCUUCGACCUCAAGAGACACGUCAGGACGCACACUGGUAUUCGCCCCUACAAAUGCAGCCUUUGCCACAAAGCCUUUACGCAGAGAUGCUCCUUGGAGUCACACCUGAAGAAAAUCCAUGGCGUGGCACAGAAGUACAGCUACAAGGAGAGAAGAGCUAAGCUCUACGUCUGUGAGGAGUGUGGCUUCACAGCCAUAAACCAAGAGGACCUCUACCUCCACAUGAGGCAGAACCACCCAGAAAACCCCCUGCUUAAAAAGACUUCCAAGAAAAUAGCUGCCUCCUUGCAGAAGAAGUUGCUGCACAACAGUGAUGAGAGCAAGGACUCUGAAUAGGAACAAAGGUAUUAGAGCCUACACUGAAGCUUCAAUGCUUUAACUUGAUGGUUGGUGCCAAGGAGAUAGUUCCUGCUGUGUUUCCUAUCAGUGUCAACCAAUCCCCUUUGACCUGUCUGCCAGGUAGAUGAAUCAGAGAGGAUAUUUAGGCUGUUGCUGAUACACAGAGAUCAGAUCAUAUUUUCAGGUCCUGUGAAAAGGAGAUUAACUCUAGGGCCCUACAGUCAUGGAUGGAAUCUUUGUCCUUCUAUCCCGUGUCUGGGAAGGUGAUGGUACUUACAAUUUGACCCAAUCAAUUGAGCCGCUUCAAAGGACAAUUACAUUAAGGCUCAGUGUCUGAGCAAUGUUUGGGGCUUUUCAGCAUUUCUCAGCAGUCUUUCCUGUCAAUCAUCUUCUUUGCUCUUUAAUGUUUGGUUCUGGGUACAUUUAGCUCCAAAGUAUGCACUGUAUCCACUUAUAAAUUUGGAGGUUGGAAAAUAAAACAUGCACAUAAAGGAAAAACAUGGUGAACUUCCAAUAUUUUGUGCAAAUUUCUCAACUUUCAGAGAUUUUCAAAAUGCUUUACUAGCCAGAAAAAGUACGACACUUUGUAAAAAUAAAUACUUUACAUGAAGACACAAGAUGUUGCAGAUGCUGGAAAUCCAGGGCCACACACACAAGAUACUGGAGGAACUCAGUAGGUCAGGCAGCAUCUAUGGAGGGGAAUUAAACAGUUGACAUUUUGUGCUGAGACUCAUCACCCAAACCGGAAGGGAAGGGGGAAUAAGCCAGACACAAGAAGGUGGGAGGGUUACAAGCUGACAAAUGAUAGGUGAAGCCAGGUGAGGGGAUGGUGGGUGGGUGAGAAGCUGGGAGCUGAUAGGUGGAAAAGGUAAAGGGCUGAAGUAGGAGAUAUUUGAUUGGAGAAGAGAGUGGACCAUGGGAAUGGGGGAGGGGCACCAGAGGGAGGUGAGAAGUAAGAAGAGAAGGGGUAAGAGGGGAGCCAUGGCAAAUGGAAAAAGAGAGAAGGAGGAUGUGAGAGAAAUCACUGGAAGUUAGAUAAAUCAAUGUUCAUGCCGUCAAGCUAGAAGCUACCUAGACAGAAUAUGAGAUGUUGCUCCUCCAACCUGAGAAUGGCCUAAGCCAUGGCCCGACAUGUUGGAAUGGGAAUGUGAAUGUGUGGACCCAGGGAAAUCCUGCCUGUUAUGGGUGGCGUGAGGGGCUCGACAAAGCAGUGCUGCAGUCUACGUCGGGUAGCACCUAUGUAGAGAAGGCUGCAUCAGGAGCGCUGGCCACAGGAUAUGACCCCAAAAGGCUUGCAGGUGAAGUGUCACCUCACCUGGAAGGACUGUUUGGAGCCCUGAACGGUGCUGAGGGAGGAGGUGAAGGGGCAGUUGUAGCACUUGUACUACUGGCAGGGAUAUGAAGAUAUGAUUUAUAGUCAAUGUCUUCCCAGUCCCUUCAGCAGUUACAUAUUCUGCUUGAAACCGUUCUUAAGAAUCACUUCAGAAAACAAAGUUGGGUUGUUUAUUCUGCAGAUUGCAUGUCAACCACUUCAAACCACAUUGUCAAGGUUGUGGGGAACUCUGGGCUUUGACUGUGUUCUGACUGCAAGAAGCCUCAGUGUUGUCUUUGUAAAACUUCCAAGCAGCUCUAGAACAGGGAUUCACAGACCCCUCAGUUAAUGGUAGGGGUCCAUGGCAUAAAAAUGUUGGGAAACCCUGCUCUAGAAUGUUCAGUCUUGAGAAUUAAUGAAGAAAAGGAUUCCUGGUUACAAAAUGGCCAUCGGACAUGCCAAAGGACUUUAGUACCGAUGAUGGAAGAGUGGUCAGUGAUGUAAUGCAGGAAGCUGGAAACUGGCAAUUUGCACACGUCAAGGCCACAAGAGACAAUAUGAGAUAACCUUUAAGAGAUGCUCAUUCAUGAAUGAUACAGUAUAGACCCUUCAGCCCACCAUGUCUUUACUAGCCAUCGACCAUAUACCAGCACA